AUGUCGUUUUUGUUUCUCCAGACACUAUGCGUUUGCAUGGUGCUCAUCUUGUUCGGCCAGAGGGUUCGCUCAGAAGACAUUACAACCUCUGCAGGCACCAGGAGUACAUAUCCCUUUCCUAUCAAACCGACCAAAUCUAUAGACUUUGCUUCCGCUCUGCAAGUUGAAGCAUCCAUCGCCGCACAGCUUAAACAGCUCGCCAACAUUCCAGCAAUCCCAAUUCCUGAAGACAUCAGCAACAUCCCUGAAUAUGAAAUUAUUAGCCGUUUAGCCCCUGCUAUGCCUCCAAUUCAGGCGGGUAUCAAUUUGCCGGAAGCUCAAGAGAUGCUGGCCCAGUAUCUUUCAUCAAUCAAUAAUGACACAUCCAAGAUUGGAGCAAACUCGCUCUUAGGGCGUAGUCAAAGUGGCUUAAAAGUCAUGAUUGCUGGUGACUCCAUGACCCAGGGAAUUGAAGGAGACUGGACCUGGCGGUAUCGAAUGUGGCAGUGGUUCAAGGAAAAUAGAAUUAGCGCCCAGUUUGUCGGUCCUCACACAGGCACAGUACCGCCUCAAAAACCCAGCCAGCCUCAACCACCAUAUUUAUAUGGCACCACGCCAGCGCCUGUGCCUUAUGGUGACUCUGGUGGUUAUGCUAAAGGAGUGGACUCAGCAUUUUUAUCUAACUGCAAUCACUUUGCUAUCUGGGGACGAGCUGCUGCUGUUAGCAAAGGUCUUGUUAAAGAGGCCUUAGAGCGCAAUCCAGCUGAUCUAAUGCUGAUCAUGUUGGGGUUUAAUGAUAUGGGUACGUUGGUUAGUAAUGCUAGAUCGGUGAAUCCAAGCAUGAAAUUCGCUAUUGCAACUGUACCUCACCGAAGUUAUAUUGGUGGACGAGAUGACUUGAUUGAGAACACGAAUAUCUAUAACAACCUCUUACCCCAGUAUAUCACCCAAUGGACUACACCCCAGUCUCCAGUAUAUCUAGUGGAUCUUGCCAAUAACUAUGACUGCCGUCCUGGAGGUUGCUCUGCUGGUUACGAUGGCCUUCACCCGAAUGCUUGGGGAGAGUAUCAGAUCGCAAGUGCGUUUUCUACGACUCUGGUCAAUGACCUUAAGCUCGGGUCAAAGCCACUUGCUGUGCCUUCUCCCGAUAAUCCUAGCCUCUUGAGAGAUCUCCCGACGCCCUCGAACUUUCAGGUCUUUUCUUCACCGCAGGGUGUGACUGCCACUUGGGACCCUGUAUAUGGUGCCCAUACGUAUGAUAUCAUGGUCACUAUAAAUGGUGGACCUAAUACUUUCUCGGCAACAACAUCCCAGUCCAACCGCUGGGAUUCACAGUGGUCAAUUGAUGGCUGGAGCUAUGCUGUUUCAGUGCGUGCAAGUGCUGGUGACACAAUCAAGGGCUCGUACACUGAAACUAAGACCGCUGUAGCAAGGCCGCAGCUUGCUCCAGCACCGAACAACAUUUUGGUCAAGCCUACAGGCAGUGGCUUCACGGUGACAUGGGAUCCGCCAAGUGGGCCUUACACAGACUCUAUUGUAGAGUAUAACGUGAUCUAUUGGGAUUGGAAGGCUGACCAUUGCCAAUUCAUUAACGGUGCUGCAUUCAAGAACUCUCCCGCAACAAUCGCCGGUUUAAACCCAGGGGUCAACUACCUUAUUGCUAUUGUAACUUGGAACAGGAAUGGCCAGGGCUUACCUUUAAUUGGUCAAAAUGCAGUUCCUGGUGCCAAAAGCCCAGGUAUUCCCAAUGGUUUACUAAUUGAAUCCCAAGACCAAACUUCCGUCCGCCUUACCUGGAGCCCCUCUGACUCCGCUGGAGGCUAUCACGUUUGGAGUCGCAAUAUCCACGGAAAAGACAAGCUCAAGAUCAUUGCCAACGUGACAGAGAGUACUUGUAAUGAGGAAUAUUUCCUGUUCCCCGGCGUCUGGAACUAUGCCUUUGCCCUUUCAGCUUUCAAUGGUAACGAUGAAUCUGAGGUAGGUCCUGAGAAGGUUGCUCCAUCAGCAACAAUUGCACCUGGUGAAGGAAUGGGGCCCAAAUGUCCUGCGAAGGAGCCGUGGUGUCCAGCCGGUGGAGGCGUUUCUGUUCCAUCGGGCUCACCAACUCCUACAAAGACACUUCCUGGAGGCGGCUUACCGACGAAUACAAAUGUUCCCAUCGUCGUGGAUGGACAUUGCACCGGCCUGGAUUGCAAGAACGGCCAAUGCGAGGCGUGGGAUGCUCGGGUGCUGACUGUGUCCGUGGCCGCUGUACUGGCCGGCGAUGUAUUCCACAAGGUUGCAUCGGACCUGGCUGUCGGAAUGGAGUCUGUAUAG